UCAACCAUAAAAAAGCUAAGCUGGCAACAGUGGUUUACAGCGAUAUGCAUACGUCUCUCGAAAAACGCAUUACAAUUGUUAAAAUAAACAGAAGUGUACACAAAAAAUAGUGAAAAUCGUGAAUUGUACAUAUAGUACAAUAACUAAAAACAAGUAUUUUUAUCAAUAAAUACACUGCGUUCUUAGACGGUAUGAGUGCGUCGAGUGAAGGUGGAGCGGGCGGUGCGGUGGGUGGAGGAGCUGGUGGUACAGCUACGACAACGGCGCCAGGGCAUUCCACAGUGGCCGCCAAAAUCACGCACGUAAAGGCGGACGGCGGCAUUUCAAUAAGCGGCACGCCCAUCCUAAGCGGUGGCACAAUUAAAGUCGCCACCGCCGGCAAUUCGGUUCAAACAUCGCUCGGCGGCACACCGAUAUCCCUGAACACGGGACAAGCAACAACAGCAGCCUCGAUCCGAGCCAUUGGAGCAGGCGGUCAAUCCACCCAGGUGCGUGUCGUCAUGCCGAUGAUAAAGCAACUGGAGAAUGUUACCGCCACGGGUCGCACCCAAAUCACAGCCAUACCAGCGGCUCCAGCACGCAGUGUCUCUAAUGCAUCGAUUACAGUCACCAGGCCGGUGACCCAGGCCACCUACUUGCCACGGGCCAGCGUCACGGCCACACAGAUGGGCGGAGUGGGAGUCGGAGUGGCUGGUGCACAACGUCUGGUCACUCCAUUGCGUGCCACAUCCACGGCCAGUGUCGGUCCAGCGGCACCUACGGGUCUCAGCAGCACGGGAAGCUUCGUUCGCACCUCGCAACCAUCGACGGUUAUUUCGUCCGCCAACAGCGCCGCUGCAGCCGCCUGGAUGCAGAGUCCCACUGGUCAGGUGCAGUUAAUACGGGCCAUUCAUCAGCCCCGGCAAAGGAUCAUCACCACAUCGGCAGGUGUGAGCAGCGCAAGUGUUUCCACCACAGCCACGCCUAUCCAGACGCCCACAGCGCUUUCCGUUACCGCUGCACAGCCAAUGCCUCCACAGCAAUCGGGUCCCACGGGUGUUCCUCAAGCUUAUGUGGCCACCGUGCUGCCUCCACGACAGCAUCAGGCGACACUUGUCUACUCCUCCAAUGUAUCAGCUGCCGGCUCGCCCAACACAAAUCCCAAUGCUGGUCCACAGUUUAAUCCACGCUUUGCCGUUGCCACACCUCUGGGCAGCGCCACAAAUGCUGGUGGCAUUGCAACCACAACUCCUGGUGGCACCACCGUAACACCACGUCAGGUGCGUCCCAUACCGCUUGGAAAGAGUUUCUCCACCGCCAAGCUGAACACCACAAGCAUCAGCAUUCGUGCCCCCAGCAUACCACAACUCAGCUCCAGCGUUGCACCACCCACACCGGUGAGUGUCUCCGGUGGCGUGACAGUCGCAGGUCGUGGUCCUGUCGGCGCUGGUGGUUCAGCCAACGUUGCUCCCGUCGCCCUAACCGCCAAUCUGCCCACCACUCGCAUUAUUCAACUCCAACAGCCGGCAACUGGCGGUGCCCAGCAAAUAAUUGGCUCCGCUGCCCGCCUGGCCGGGAAUGUCAUGCUUCAGCCCUUUCUCAUGAGCACCAGCGCUGCUGCUAAAAUGGGAAUACGACCGCCGGUGACGAUGACCGCAAAGGUGCAACCCUCGUUGACCAUCACUCAACUGAAUCCAAUUAACAAACUGUCGGCGGCAGGCGGGGCAGGUGGACCCACAAUGACGCCACAGGGCGUGGCAAGCAUCCAGGCUGUGCCGAGUGUUACGGCCAGUGUGACGAGCAGUUCGGUGCCAACUGUGGGCACAACAGGAGCAGGAUCAGCGACAGGUGGCGCCACAGUGCUGCCAUUGACCCUGGGAGCACGUGGUGGACCCGCCAGCAGCAUCUUGACGGGCACACUGACUCCUAUUAAGAACGCCAGCGGCAUUACUGUGGGCAAAAUGAUGAUGACGCAAUCGGCUGGCAUCGAGACGGGAUCGGGUGGUGGCUUACCACCCGGUGGCACACCCACCAAUGUAUUUAUUCAGCAACGCGGUGGCGGAGGCGGUGGCGUUAGUGUCUCAGCAGCGACAGGCACAUCUGUGGCCACAUCCUCAGCGGGAGCAUCCUUCCUUCCACCGGGCAGCUCUGCCAUCUACUACGAAUCGAUGCCGGCCUCAACGGGCGUCCUAUCACUGACCACGACAACGGUGACGCAGAGCACACAUACCCAUGGACAGACGCAGGCUCAGGUGCAGGCACAGGCCCAAUUGGUGAGCAGCGGGGGAAGCAGUCUAUCCGUCUCCUCGUUACCUUUUGCCAGCCAUGCGCAGUCAGUUGGAUCAGCUGGAGGUGGUUCCACGGCCACUUUUACAGUGCUGCCUUCGUCAGCUGGAGCAGGUGGCAGUCGCACCAUUGGACAUCAGCAGCUCAUCAUACCAGCGGGAGCUGCUCAUGGAAGCGGAGCACCGCCUCAACAUAUGGUCAUACCAUUGCACACAUCCGUCAAGGUGACAACGGGCGCUGCACCAACAACAACGGGCGGUGGCGCCACAGUCAGUGCACUGCCCAUGUCGGUUCCUGUGCCAGUGGCAGCCAACACACUAGUGUCCAACUUUAUGCGUAAACGCGACGCAGAAGGAUCACCUAUACGGGGUGUCAAGAAUCUGGCGCCCACUCUGCUCUCCAUGAGCAGCAACCCCAACUCCACGGCUUCGGGUGCGAGUGUGACAGCUGUAAAUCUAGCUGGUGGCUCCGCCUUCAAUUUACAGCCAGUUUCGGUGGCAGCAGCACCACCACAACCAUCCACCACGACUGUGAGCUCGGCGCUGACUGUGGAGGCAUUAGCCAAAAAGGAAAGAGAGCGUGCCAGUUCCGCCAUUGUGGGUGCAACAGCUGGUGCAUCCUCUGCAUCCACCGCAUCGGCAUCGACAACUGCGGGCAGCAUUGUCAGCACUAGAAAUAUGCGUGCCGAAUCGCCGGCUUCCUCUGAUGGAUCCACCACAGUGUCGGCAAACUCUUCGCCUGGUGUGGAUCAACAGAUCCAGGACAGCAACAUGAGCGUUAAUCGCAUGGGAGAUGACGCAAGCGGAGCCAAUGCUCGUGACAAUGCUACACACUUUAAUCCAAUCAACGAGCUUUACGCAUCGCAUUCAUCAACGCUGGCGCAGAACGUGACGCAUGCCGCACUGGGAACACGUGUGGGCAGCGCAUUUGUGGAUGUAUCACAGCAAGCGGGUGCACAUCAUGGGGCAACACCAGGACAGGUGCAACAGACGCGCAUGAAUGGCACCAGCGGCAGCAGCAGCAGCUACGAUGGCUUGGCACGCAAGAAACCGCGACGAUCCACCAACGACAGUCAACACUCGAAUCAGAGUCAGGCGUCGUUAUCGCUGUCGCUGCCACCGCCAACGGGCAGCGUGAGUAGUCACAGCAGCACCACCACACAGGAGGCGGCAUCGAUGUUCCUGCAACACCAACACCAACAACAACAACAGCAGCAACAACAACAGCAGCAACAACAACAGCAGCAGCAAAAUCAGCAGCUGCCACAUCCGCAGCUUAACAAUGGUGGACUGCUCCUAACCGCAGCUGGCAGUGUUGCCGUUGGCACUACGAACACGGCCAGUGUUCCUGGCGAUGUCAACAAUCAUCGCCUGGUUGGCAGCGCUGCUCCUGCCGUUGCCGGCAACAAGGAGAAUGCCAAUCCUGUCGACUUUGUGCUCCGACGUCCACGGAAUUGUGCGCUGCUCAAUACAUAUAAGCCAACUCACAAGCUGGCCAACAAUCAUUUCCAUCGAUACACGGAUGUAAAGCCGCGCGAGGAGCGACGUGCUACAGUUAUUGAUCUGGCCAAUCAACCAAAUGUUCAGGGCAAAAUCAGCGGCUGGAAGCUAUAUCAUUUACGCUCACAAAUGGAGGAUCUAAAUGAUUCGGAAAUGGUUAGUUUGGGUCAGCUGGAAACCAUGUUGAAAGAGCUUGAAAAGGACAAGGAGGCGCAUGGUGAAAUCGAGCGUGUCAGUGAGCUUCUAAAGGGCAACAUACAACGCAGCAAGAUUAUUACCGAUGGCAUCAACGAGGCACAGAAUCAAUUGAUGAAGAUCUUUGAUCAUAAACCUCACGUCUCGGACAUUAUCAAUCGAUUGCAAUCGAAACGCAAUUUCAAGAAACGUGAAAAGCUAUAAAAAACGGAUGAAAACACUUUAGCAAAAAAUGUGUAAAAUGUAAAGCAAAUCGAAGCAUUCAACAACACGUUGAGCCUUUAGGUAUAGACUUGAUGUAUUUGAUAGGGAUUGUAUAUUGCUUAACCUUAACUAUGUAUGUCAUUAGUUUAAAAUUAGUCUAAUAAUUUUAACAUUUGUAAGAUACAACUUUACAAAUACCAAACACCACAAAAAAAAAAAACAAAACAAAA